CGGUUAGCUUAUUUUGAAUGCUAGUGUGAUGCUGCUAGCUGUAUUUACAUGUUAAAAUGGGGAAAGAAGCAUUUUUUAAGUGUGUUGAAUGUAACGAGAAGUCAGUGGAGCUUCACAGGGAUUACAGCAACGGGAUCCUCAAGAUAACAAUAUGUGAGUCCUGUCAGAAACCAGUGGAUAAAUACAUCGAAUAUGAUCCAGUUAUUAUUCUCAUCGAUGCCAUCUUGUGCAAAGCUCAGGCUUUCAGGCACAUUUUAUUUAACACAAGCUUAAAUAUCCACUGGAAGUUGUGCGUGUUCUGUCUGCUGUGUGAGGCCUACCUCAGGUGGUCUGCGCUCCACGGCUCUGAGCGGAGCAGCGACCCCGCCGACAUAAUCCGCUACACCAAGGAAUGGGAGUUUUAUGGCAAGUUUGGAUUGGCAGCCCUCGAGCUGAUGGCGUUCUGCGUCGGCGUCCUGUCCUUCCUCUCGCUGUGGAUGUCCUGUCUGCACGGAGGGGGCGUAGAGUUCAGGCCGCUCCUCAGGGGCUUGCUGCUGUCCUGCUACGGUAAAGUCCUCCUCAUCCCAGUCGUCAUCUGGGAGCAUGACUACUCCCCGCUCUGCCUCGGCCUCAUCAGACUGUUCGUGCUCACCUCCAACUCGCAGGCUAUCAGAGUGAUCUUGAACUGCAGCAGGCGUCUGUCACUGGCGGCUGUUUGCUUUGGCCUCUUGUCAGAAACUCUUAUCGCUCAGGCCUGCAGGAACCUCCCAUGGAGCAUUCAGGACCUGUGGACAUCAUAAUCAUUGCCAAAGCAGGGAUGGAUUCCCCACUACUGAUACCAAGCUAAUGAACCUGAGCUCGGAUUAUAUUUGUAUACAUUGAACUUCUUUGAAAAAUCAGAAACACAAUGACUCAUUUGUCCUGUUUGUUUUCUCUCCUCUUCAUUCAACUAAAAAAAAACUUUGCAACAUGAGUAUUUCCAAAAAAAAGUUAGAUAAAAACAAUCCACUGGACUUUGUUUCCAAGU